GUCGCUGCUGUCAGUCAGCCCGUUGUUGAAGCGACGUGUUCCACUGGAGCUGGAGCUUAGCCUAAAUGAAACAUCAAAAGGCAUUGAAAAGGAGUUCCUAACAUAAGAAAUAAGGAGCAUUAAGGUGUAAGCCUUCAUGUCAUGCUACAUAUGUAUCCCAUCCUGAAUGCUGGUUCAGGAGGUUCACAUCACAGCAUGUCAUUGUGAAGAGGGAACUUAUUAGGGCAGGAUGCAGUCUUCAAACCACCGACUGCGAGACAUGGAGCAGCACCACCCACUGCUGUCGGCAGGUGCAGAUGUCGAGACGGGGAGCCUGGCAGCCGGAGUGAUGGUUGGGGGUCCCCACGCGGGCCACACAGCAGGAAACCGCACACUGUGGUUCAUUCAGGACAGCUGUGGUAUGGUGUGUGCAACCAUGACCUGGUUCCUGGUGCUGUACGCUGAAUUCGUAGUAAACUUCGUCAUGCUGCUGCCCGCCAAGAACUUCUGGUACUCGCUGCUGAACGGGGCCACCUUCAACUCCCUGGCCGUGCUUGCAUUGGCCUCACAUCUGCGCACCAUGUUGACUGACCCGGGCGCAGUCCCCAAGGGCAACGCAACCAAGGAGUACAUGGAGAGCCUGCAGCUGAAGCCAGGAGAGGUCAUCUACAAGUGCCCAAAGUGCUGCAGCAUCAAGCCUGAAAGGGCUCACCACUGCAGUAUUUGUAAAAGAUGCAUCCGGAAGAUGGAUCAUCACUGUCCCUGGGUCAAUAACUGCGUGGGAGAAAAGAAUCAGCGGUUCUUUGUACUUUUCACUAUGUACAUAUCCUUGAUAUCUGCUCAUGCCCUGGGCCUCAGUGGGAUGCACUUCUUUACCUGUAUCAAAGUCCAGUGGAACGAGUGCAGUGAAUUCUCCCCAGGGGUGUCUGUGCUGCUGCUGAUCUUCCUCUGUCUCGAAGCCAUCCUCUUCCUCACUUUCACUGCUGUAAUGUUUGGUACGCAACUCCACUCCAUCUGCAACGACGAGACGGAGAUUGAACGUCUUAAAAAUGAGAAGCCCACAUGGGAGCGUCGCAUGAGAUGGGAUGGAAUGAAAGCUGUGUUCGGGGGUCCGCCCUCUCUGCUGUGGUGCAAUCCAUUCACAGGCCUGCGUCUGCGGCGUCUGAUGCUGUUGACCCACAGUCGCCGCGGCGGGUCUGAGUUUUCUGUCUGAGAGAAGGGCAGACUGAUGCAGCUCACCAACACUUGGUCAUCUCUAAAGCAAAAUCUCUUACAUGCCCUCCUCGGAUGGGGCCAGGAUGGAUAUCUGCUCCCUGGAGUUGUCCUUCAUGUGUGGGUGACAGGGAGACAGGCUGCUCCAGUGGGACUCCAGUGCAUCACAACCAACACUGAAAGUUUGUAUUCUCACUCUCACAUGCUGAUGUAGACCCAACACCUUCGGUCUGCACAAGUAUGGUAAACAGCUGGGAUAUGGUUCAAACAUGAGCAGCUUUUCGGUUAGUUUAUGUGUUUUAAAGUAACGCAUGCAGUAUGUAACUCAAGUGAGUCUUUUAUUCCUUGUGAGGCCGUCCAAGGUGCUGUUCAAAUUCAACUCAUGCACCUUCAGUACACAACUUCAGCAGUUUGUUUUCUUUGCUGCGCAGAUGAGAUUCAAGUUUACUGUUUGAUUUGGGGUUUUUUGGGGGGGUUUUGGGAGAAGGACCGGCAGCAAAUCUUUGAUCAUCACUGGACCCAGAUCUAAAUGGAGGGAAAAGCGUGAAACUGUUGCACUGAAUCCAGACAAGGGAAUCACAGUCAAGGACAUGCACUACUUAUACGGCACUCGAGAAAGCCUUUAUAUGGAGCAGAGUGGACAUCAGAAAUGGAUCUGUGCUGCCUUGAUUUGCAUGUAUAACAGCCCAAUCAGUCAGUAUCUCAGCCAGGAAAUGAGGCUUUCACUAUCUUUUAAAUGAACGAACAGGCGACUGUGAACACAAGCCUCAUGCUUAUUCAGCAGGACUGAUUGGCUUCUCCUAUCAUGUGUCAUGUUUUCCCUUCCGUGGGUUGAAAUCUUAUAUUCUUUUGGUUACUCUGACCAGUAGAAAUGCAUUUUCCCUUUUUAUUAAAUAACUGCUGAAACGUGUGUGUUAACUUUCAUCACAGUGACCAAUCCUCAACAGGUUAUCCUAAUGACUCACUGGAGAUGACUACUGUUAAUCUGAAUCUUUAUUUUGACAAAAACAUUUUUGUAUUGGUGGUACAUAAAUGUCCAUUUCACCACUCCUACAUGCUGCUCCACAGCUCAUUCUCCACAAACCUGCAGUGAUCCUCAGACCACUGAUAUGCCUCCCUGAGUUUCCAUAAUGAAGUGAUUGGUUGAGCGAGACUUAUUGUCAUUAAGUUUGUUUUGUUACACCGAUACAUCAGCUGUUCUUUGUGUGGAAAAAAACUGGAGGCUGCGUCUGUGUGUAGCUGGAACCCAUAUGCAUAUACAGCUGGAUACGACUCCAUAGCAUUUAAACCUGAAAAGCAAAACCUUACAAACUCCCUGAGACCGAGCCAAGUUUCAGACACGGUGGCUUUGCCUGCUCUUUGCCCAUCGUGUGGUGUGAUGUUUUUGAAAAGGAGAACUUAAAACACUAGCACAACCUCCUUUGGCAAGCUCUGAGUCUGUUCUGGGCCAAGCUCCAUUGUGCUGUCAGCCUGUAGAAUUAAAAAGGAGCUGCUUUUGCUAAAAGAGGCUGUGGGACAAGACUCAUUAUACAAGCUGAACAAAGUCUUGGGGAGCUCAGCAGAUGCUUGUGGAGGCCUUUCCCACUUCACUCCAGAAAUGUCAGGCCCGUAACAGCUAGCGGCAGGACAGUAGCAAAAACGUUUCCAGUGUUACUAGAACACGUAUCCAUGCCUUUUUUUAAAUCGUUCAGUCAAGUGAAUUUAUCAGCUUGCAAGAUUUUAUCAUUAUUGCCAUAUUUAUGAAAGUGUUUUCUCAAUUUGUGACAACUAGUCUCCAAUUUUUACUCUGUGUAAUUAUGGGCGUUUUGCACUGGAUGAAUGUGGCUUUUUGAAUCUAGAGUUCAGGAUUUAAAGUCAGGUUCUGACUCAUCAGCUGAUAUUGUCAAAUCUAGAUUCUCAAAGUCUCAUUUUUAUCGCGUGUCAGACAAUAUUUGUUCUCAUCUGUGGUCGUCAGGAGAAGUAAGUCUUUCUCCACUGUUUACACUAAAUGAUAUAUGAUGCUAAGGCUAAACUUCAAGAACAAGCUGUCAUUAGAAUGUAAAAUGUAUCUAUGUUGGGUGUGAGGGACACAGCACUGAAAGCUAACUGAUAUCAGGGGAAUUUAUUAUUUCGUUUCUCCUUUUAUUCUGCUGGACUGCAUCAACUCAGCAACUGUUUUCUUAUUAAAUGCUGGAAGAUCACUUUUAUCUACAUAUCUUAUAUGUAACAAUGACAUACAUUCUUUAUUUUCAUUUUUGUUCAUUCAGCAAGUCCCUUAUCCUAACAUGCUCAGUGUACUUUUUAUUUAAUGUGGUGCAAAAUGAAUAUGAAUAAAGUUAAGCCAAUACACAUGGCAUGUCUAUAAAUACUGUAUAAAUGAAAGACUAAAGAAUAUAUCAGACGUCUGAGAAUACAACAGGAACAUUCAUGCUGUUUAAAUUUUGCAGAUGCAAAAAAUAUCUUGCUAAUUAAGCAACAGCUGUCAUUAAAACUAGUUGUGGGGUGUUAACAGCAAAAAUGCAUUCAGAGCCAAUGAGAGGCCUAGUGUCCAAUAAACACACAAUGUUAUUAGAAUAGAAGUACAUAUCCGAGGCAGGACUAAUGCACUGCUAAACUUUGAUAUCUAUCUUUAGAAAGUAGCCGAACGUCAGAUCUAAUUAUUGAUUGACAAAUUUGACUUUGUUGACUGGGUAGAAAUAUUUAAUGUUGACUGGUAUCGCCUGGUUGAUGUAACACAAGUAACCCACAGUAGGAGUAGUCCCGUUUUCAUGACCAAAUUUAGAUGCUGUAAUCAUAAUGUCUGAAACUGGGAUUCUGUUACAGGAUGGGUAGUUUGACCGUCAUGUCCAGUAAUAGAAUCAGUGAAUGAUUAUUUUAAAGGAUUACACUGGUAUUUUGAGCCUUCCUCCACCUUCUGCUUUAUUACUUAGAAAGAAGAAAAAAUGCGCCAUCGCCAUGGGGAGUGGAUUCUGUGACGAUGUGCAAAAUUGUGUAAACCAAUACAACACUAUUCUGUCAGCGAUAAAGGGGAUUUGCACAGGAAAUCGAGGAUAAAGAACAAUUUAUGAUGAAUGUCUGAUUACAGAAUUACCAUCGACAUUGUCAUGAACAUUGAUAAAUGUUUUGUUUCCUACUCUUGAGAGAAUGUUUAUCAAGAACAAAAGUCCUCCAGCUUUAUAAACAAAGUAUAAAAGUUACUAUUAACAAAGUAUAAAUGGAAUGUUUUAUUUGAAUUUUUUUAAUUAAUGUGUCAUAAUCUAAUGUCAUAUCUUUAAUGUCAUUCUUUUA